UCCAUCGCGAGAGUAACUGAGAUACACACAGCCGUCGAGGAAGAAGAAGCGUACUGAGCGCUUAGUAUACAAACACACAGUCGAGAAGUAAUCUGUCGUUUUUAGUUGACGUUUUAGUAAAUUAAAGAGAACAAUGUCGGAAAGAAAAGUUUUGAAUAAAUACUAUCCUCCGGAUUUUGAUCCGUCUAAAAUCCCUAAACUCAAACUGCCCAAAGACCGUCAGUAUGUGGUCAGAUUGAUGGCUCCAUUUAAUAUGAGGUGUAAAACGUGUGGAGAGUACAUUUACAAAGGGAAGAAGUUCAAUGCUCGUAAGGAGACUGUUCAGAACGAACUGUACCUGGGGCUUCCCAUUUUCAGAUUCUACAUUAAAUGCACCAGAUGCUUGGCUGAGAUCACUUUCAAGACAGAUCCGGAGAACACAGAUUACGCCAUGGAACAUGGUGCGACGAGAAAUUUUCAGGCCGAGAAACUGCUCGAAGAGGAGGAGAAAAAGAUCCAACAGGAGCGAGAGGAGGAGGAACUUAAUAACCCCAUGAAGGUCCUGGAAAACCGCACGCGGGACUCAAAGAUGGAGAUGGAGGUGCUGGAGAACCUGCAGGAGCUGAAGGAGCUGAACCAGAGGCAGGCGCAGGUGGACUUCGAGGGCAUGCUGGACCAGUAUAAAGAGUUGGAGCGGAGACAGAAAGAAAGAGAGAAGGAGGAAGAUGAACAGGAGACCAAAGAGAUGUUGGAGAGAGCUCUGGUCAAACGACUGAGGGACUCUGACUCUGAAGAAGACACAGAAGAUGCAAAAGACCCAAGCAGGAAACAAGCGGCUGAUAAACCCACAGACAUCCUCACCACUGAUGGAAACACGGGACCGCAGGGAUCAUCAUCUGUGGGUGUAAAGAAACAGAAGGCGGAGAGCUGGGAGAGGAGCGUCGGAGGUCUGGGUGGGAAAGGAGCUCUGGGGUCUCUGGUGGUGAGGAAGAAAGCAGCAGAUUCUGCCUGUAAACCUGCUGCCGCUGCGCCGCGACGGACCGCUGACACACAAACAGGUGCUGCCAAACCAGAGUCCUCCACGGCUUUCAAAGCUCAGGCGGUUUCAUCUCAGAACGGUUCUUCUCUCAGCCUCUUGGGGGCGUAUACAGACAGCGAUGACAGCAACUCUGACUAGGAUGGAAAAGGCUGUGGCCUUUUUGGGGCUCGGAAACGUUUAUUUUCAGACCACCUUUCCGUUCACAGACCACUUUAAGUUUCCUUAACCUGGACUCCACAUCAAGAGAUUUUUAUUUUUCUGUGAUUACCUUUUUAAGAUGGAGGAGCAUGGUUUGUUUCAUCGAGUCUAUUAGAUCCGCAUCAUCCCACUGUCUCUAAUGCACUCUGUAAUGUGCUUCUAAUGUAUUACGCACUCUAUGAUGUAGUAUUUGUUUCUCCAUGCUACCUCAAUCAAUACAAGGAAGUGCAUUUGAGGGUUUCAGUGGAGACGAGUGAAUCUGAAUCUAAUUUCCACUGAUCAUCUCUAAUCCCAUAUUCAUCUUCCCAAACAUUAAACAAAUAAAGCGCUUUUAUGUUUUGUUUCUGAGAA